CACGUCUUAUCCUUUGAUACAACCUCUUUUGAAAUACAGCAAUAAUUGAGAUACUUUUCAGGCUCUUUUUGGAGCUUAGCAUGGCUACCGUUUUCAAAAUUCAAUAUAACUGAAGUUGCUCUACUGAAACUCCUUCACUUUGGUUUUGUAAUUUCGAGGUCACCUGUUACUAAAUUUCGAAAAAUGGUGUCCCAAACCAUUGAUGUGUUGAAGAACGAGCUGCCUCUAGAGCAGGAGCUUGUGGUUUUGCCUGAAGAUGUUGUCACUGGCCUUGUUCUUGUCGAUAUCAUCAAUGGCUUCUGCACUGUCGGUGCUGGAAACCUGGCCCCAAGAGAACCCAACAGACAAAUAUCAGGAAUGAUCAGCGAAUCAGUGAGGCUGGCAAGACUUUUCUGCGACAAGAAAUUGCCUGUUAUGGCGUUUCUUGAUUCUCAUCAUCCUGACAAGCCCGAGGAUCCUUAUCCUCCUCACUGCAUUCAAGGCACCGAUGAAUCUAAUUUGGUUCCAGCUUUGCAAUGGAUACAAAACGAAACAAACGUGACAAUCAGGCGGAAAGAUUGCUAUGAUGGGUAUCUGGGUUCCAUGGAAGCUGAUGGUUCAAAUGUUUUUGCGGAUUGGGUGAAGAACAAUCACAUUGAAGCUAUAUUGGUAGUAGGGGUGUGCACAGAUAUAUGUGUGCUGGAUUUCGUGUGUUCGACAUUAUCAGUGAGGAAUCGAGGAUUUCUGGCUCCGCUCAAGGAUGUUAUCGUGUAUUCGCGUGCCUGUGCAACCUUUGACGUUCCUCUUCACAUCGCCACAAACACAAAAGGAGCUCUGCCUCACCCUCAGGAAUUGAUGCACCAUAUAGGGCUAUACAUGGCAAAAGAAAGGGGAGCCAAGAUUGCAAAUGAAGUCUUAUUUGGUGCUUUAAAAUAAGUUCAUAAGCUAGUAGGAAGCCUGAAAUAGCGUAUCUUGAAUUUAGAAGCUCGAGUUUCUUUUGGAUAGAGAUCAAGUAUGUAUGAACUGUUAAGUUGAACAUUUACUCUUACACAGUGGGCCUUCAAAAUUAUAAUGCCGUGUAUUUGUUGUUAAUAAGCACAAUUAUCUCUCUUUCUCACUUUA